CGCUUUGCUGCUUCUCACCAGUGAAUGAAUGAACGUAUGUGUCCCUCCAUCAAUCCAUCGUCUGUCUGUGUAUCGCUCGCUCAGCCAGCGGCCAUCCAUCUCUCUGCUCCACACCACCUCUCUCACGGCUCACACAUCAACGUUGUCUCCGCUCACGGCCGCACGGCCAUCUACCUAUGCCUGUCUGUCUAGAUAGAUCUACAGCCGUCCGUCACUCGAAUGUGCAGUCAGAUCAGAGAGACGGCUCCCCUCCCCCUUUACGACAAAUAAACAAAUGCACACCACACCAGCUGCCAACUGGCUCUCAGUCAAUAAAGAGAUCAGCGUCUAAGUGAGUCAGCCAGUCAGUCAGUCAGUUAGUCAGUCAGUCAGUCUGCACAAGAACAGCCACGCCCCAUCCCUCCCUCCCCACAGCCUAUCUAUCGCUUCCUCCCCGCAUCUUUGCUGGGAGAAUGCACCUCGGCUGACGAUGACGAUGACGACGACGGCUCAGACAAGCACUUAGGGGAGAAAUCCGCUGUGAUGGUGGCCGACGCUCUGUGCGCGUACACACAGGCAAAGCAGCCAAUGGCACGCAGACACUGACUGAUGAGUUAGUCGACUUGUUUUGGUCUGUUGGUGCUUGCGCUCACCCACCCUUUGUUCUCAUGUUUGAAGAAACUGCCGACAGCCCUCACAGCGUCCAACAUCGGGUCUGCAGCAACACGUCCAACACGCCACGCACACAGCCAUGCAAAGGUCCAGGCAUCCAGGCAGGCAGGCAGGCAUCCAGGCCGAUGCACACACACUACACGACUCCGUCCGUUUGAUGUCCCCACUCACUUGGCUGGUGGAUCCUGAUGACGAUGGGGUUGUCGGGCGUGCCCUCCCUCACGAAGACGUCCUUGACCUUUACGUCCGGGAAGGAGCCGAGGCCAUAGUUGAUGCCCUCCUCCCACGCAGUAUGCCCCUCGCCGCAAUACGUGAAGGCCGGCGCCACGUCUUUGGUGAUAGAUCUCUGGUGUCCACACCUGAGCCUUGACGUGCCCGAAGACUGAGGAGAAUUGACAAUACAGACAGACAGUCCGUGUAAAUCCCCCACUCACUGCCUGCGCUCACCGUCGGCAGCGAGAUCGACGAGGUCUGUGUUGUCCGUGUAGGGCACAGAGAAGCGAGGCACCAGGCGGAAUGGCGUCUUCACCAGGCGGCUUUCCUGUUGAACCUCCGCCCACUUACGAUGCUCCUCCAUCCUGUGGGCUUUCCCUCGACGCUCUCUCCGCCAGCUGAAACAUCCAACACCGUUUUGUGAAAGAUCUCCGUUUCUGACGAGAAAG